AUGGGAAAGAAAGAGUGGGUUGGGAUGGGAGAGUGGGGCGGGAUUCAAAAGGGCUUUCUUUUGCACUACCAGCAGCAAUCCCUAUUGCUUUCUCAAAUAGCUUCUCCAGACAUCCUUCACCUUCCCAUCUCGCCCCUCGAUAUUCCCUUCCCCAUUCUCAAUCCCCUUCCCUUCUCCCUUCCCCUUCCCACUCCCCUUCCUCUUCCCCUCCCCCUCCAUCUCCUUCUCCUCCUCCCUCCCCUCCUCUACCUGCUCCUCUCAAGCCUCCUCUCCCUGCUCUUGAUGGUCCUGCUACAGCUGCUGCCUCUGAAGCUGCUGCCGCAGCCUCCCCUUUUCGGGAUGUCCUCUUACCUCGUGCCCUGUGGCACGUCAUGUGUCCUCCAAGCGCCUGUGAUGUGGGGAAGGUGCUGCCGCAGAGAGGACAAGAAUACCCGCCCGGCCUCUGCCCCAGCAUGCCUGGGAGAUGGUCCGAAGAAAGCUGAGCUGGAGGCUGGGUGGCGGCAUGAGGCUGGGCGGCAGCAUGAGGAGGGGCCUUGUCUCAUCCGUUCCCUCUUCAUCCUCUCUGAUUGCACCACCUUCGAGGCGCCUAAAACAUGUUCCCAUGCUUCUUCCCAUGCCUAUUCCCAUCUCUUCAUCCAUCCCCAUACUGCCCCUCAUGGCCACUCUUCUUUCCUCGUCAUCCCUCCUCUCUUCUCCAUCCCAUCUUGUCUCAUCCCUUCUCUCUUCAUCCUCUCUCGAAGCACCAAUUUUGAGGCGCCUCAAAAGUGUUCCCAUGCUUCUUCCCAUGCUUGUCUCAUCCCUUCUCUCUCCAUCCUCUCUCGAAGCGCCAAUUUUGAGGCGCCUCAGAAGUGUUCCCAUGCUUCUUCCCAUGCCUGUCUCAUCCCUUCUCUCUUUAUCCUCUCUGAUGGUACCACUACCCUCUAUAUGCUCUGGCCUGAUUUCCGCUCCCCUAUUUUUUUUCCUCCCUCCCCCCUCCCUUUUCCUCUCUUCCCCUUCCCUUUUCCUCCCUUCCCCCUCUUUUAUGCUGCCUUCCCUCUCCCUUAUCCUCCCUUCUCCCACCCAUCUCCUCCCCUCUCCUUCCCCUUCCCUUAUUCUCCCCCCCUCUUCCCCAUCCCCUACCCAUAUCCUUCCCUCUCCAGCGCUUAG